AUCUGGCUGCGCCUCGCAGCCCGUUGCUUUACAGUUGCUGGGAAGAAGCGAGAGGGGGAGCCGCUGGGGCCAAGAUCAUGCCUGACAGGGAAAGGUUUCCUGGGCCGCGGAAGACGCUAGGCUUGGGUUGAAAGAAGCAGGGCCGAUGCAAAAUCUGGAGAACGCGGAGGCCAGGCAGUCAGUCAGCACCCAGACUGUCAGCAUGACCGGUCAAAUACCAAGACUUUCUAAAGUCAACCUUUUUACUCUGCUCAGUCUCUGGAUGGAGCUCUUCCCAGCAGAAGCCCAAAGGCAAAAGUCUCAGAAAAAUGAAGAGGAAAAGCAUGGAUCCUUAGGAGAUAAUGAAGAGGUGGCCAGAGUAUCUGCUGACAGAAAACAGGUGAAGAGAACUGGUCUUGUGGUGGUGAAAAACAUGAAAAUUGUUGGUCUCCACUGUUCUAGUGAAGAUUUACAUGCUGGGCAAAUUGCUCUUAUUAAACAUGGGUCAAAGUUGAAAAACUGUGAUCUUUAUUUUUCCAGAAAACCAUGUUCUGCUUGUUUGAAAAUGAUUGUAAAUGCUGGAGUUAACCGAAUUUCAUAUUGGCCUGCUGAUCCAGAAAUAAGUUUGCUUACUGAGGCUUCUAGUUCUGAAGAUGCAAAGUUAGAUGCCAAAGCAGUGGAAAGAUUGAAGUCAAACAGUCGAGCCCAUGUGUGUGUCUUACUUCAGCCUGUGGUGUGUUAUAUGAUGCAGUUUGUAGAGGAGACCUCUUACAAAUGUGACUUUAUUCAAAAAAUUGCAAAAAUAUUGCCGGAUGCUAACAUUGACUUUUAUUCUGAAUGUAAACAAGAAAGAAUAAAAGAAUAUGAAAUGUUAUUUUUGGUUUCAAAUGAAGAAAUGCAUAAGCAAAUACUGAUGACUAUAGGUUUGGAGAACCUGUGUGAAAAUCCAUACUUUAGCAAUCUAAGGCAAAACAUGAAAGACCUUAUCCUACUUUUGGCCACAGUAGCUUCCAGUGUGCCCAACUUUAAACACUUCGGAUUUUAUUGUAGCAAUCCAGGACAAAUUAAUGAAAUUCACAAUCAAAGUUUGCCACAAGAAAUUGCAAGGCACUGCAUGGUUCAGGCCAGGUUAUUGGCAUAUCGAACUGAGGAUCAUAAAACAGGAGUUGGAGCAGUCAUUUGGGCAGAAGGGAGAUCUAGAAGUUGUGAUGGAACAGGUGCUAUGUACUUCAUAGGAUGUGGUUACAAUGCUUUUCCUGUUGGAUCUGAGUAUGCUGACUUCCCACACAUGGAUGACAAGCAGAAAGACAGAGAAAUAAGGAAAUUCAGAUACAUUAUACAUGCGGAACAGAAUGCCUUGACAUUUAGGUGUCAAGAAAUAAAACCAGAAGAAGCAUGAUUUUGUGACAAAGUGCCCAUGUGAUGAAUGGUACCUUUAAUUAAAGGUGCAGGCAUAAAACAAAUCUAUGCAGGGGAUGUAGAUGUUGGAAAAAAGAAAGCAGACAUCUCCUACAUGAAGUUUGGGAACUUGAGGGAGUGAGCAAAUUACA